AUGGCUUCCAGUGAACUGUUGAAGCAGAUUCAAGCGGGCAAGAAGCUCAAGAAAGCGGAGGUAAACGACCGAAGUGCGCCGGUCGUCGAUACUCCUAAGGGCGGCGGUGGGCGAGUAGGUGCCCCACCUUCAAUGGGUGCACCUUCUCUUCCCGCGGGCGGAGGUCCACCCCAACUCGGAGGGCUCUUCGCUGGGGGAAUGCCAAAGCUGAAGCCUGCUGGUCAGAGCAAUCUUGCCAAACCGCCAAUGCUUGGGAAGCCGCCCUCGAUCCCAAAGGCUGAACCGCCUGCAGCGUCGCCGCCUGGACCUCCAGCGCGGGCUGUUCCCUCGAAGCCAUCGGCACCCAUUCCCGCCAGACCCCCGCGGCCACCGCAACCCACUCCAACUGCCCCUGCGCCCCCAGCACGCCCUGCGCCUGGUCUACCCCCACGGGACAGCCCAACCAAGACGUCCGCCCCUGCUCCCCCUCGCAGGCCUCCGCCUCCAGUCCGAAGUGCUAGUCCACCCGCAGCGCCUGCGCGCCCUGCUCCUGCGAUCCCACUUAGGGCAGAGUCACCCGUCAAGCCAUUCCCGUCAAUCUCGCGCGCAGUUCCAGCAAUACCGCCUCGUACUGUAACUCCUCCGGCAGCUUCCCGAAGCAAAUCUAGUGUCGCUUCACCCGCCCGGGUGCCACCACCUCCGCCGCCGAGACCAUCGUCCGGUCUGCCUUCACCUGCGAGAACUGCGCCUCCACCUCCUGUCCGUAAGCCGCCCGCGGUGACAGCCCCGGCGCCUCCCCCUCGAUCCAGAACUAUCUCUGAAGCCGAACCUGUACGCAAUCGCUCCCCAGAACCUGCGCGCCUCUCGUCACCACCUGUGUCACAGCGAGCAAGCUCUCCGGCAAGGAGCUCCCCGCUGCCACCGCCUGGUCGCCGUUUCCCUGUUGCUGCAACAGCCAAUGGCGGGAGACCACCUCCUCCUCGAAGAAAGAUCCCAUCUCCACCUCCGAACGCUGUGCCUGCCUGCAUUCUGGCCCUCGCCACCUUCGCUCUCGCUGAGGGCGACUCCGAUGUUCUCAGCUUGACUGCUUCCGACUUCGAGUCCACCGUCAGCGCCGAGAACCUUAUCCUCGUCGAGUUCUUCGCCCCAUGGUGCGGCCACUGCAAGGCACUGGCCCCUCACUAUGAGGAAGCUGCCACUGCUCUUAAGGAGAAGAGCAUUAAGCUUGCCAAAGUCGACUGCGUCGAAGAGGCAGAUCUUUGUCAGUCCAAAGGCAUUCAAGGCUACCCCACCUUGAAGGUCUACCGAAAAGGCGAAGCCACUGAAUACAGCGGCCCACGAAAGGCUGAUGGCAUUAUAAGUUACAUGAUCAAACAAUCGUUGCCAGCUGUCUCAGAAGUUACAUCUGCCAACCACGAUGACUUCAUCAAGGCAGACAAAAUCGUGGCUAUUGCCUAUCUCGCUUCCCCCACAGACGCACAAGCUGCUGAGUUUAGCGCUGCCGCCGAAAGCCAUCGUGACGACUAUCUGUUUGGCUUCACUACAGACAAGGAAGCCAUCGAGGGCGCUGGUGUUACUCCGCCGACUGUUGUUGUCUAUCGCUCCUUUGACGAACCCAAGUCCGAGUACCCCUACCCUAUCUCAUCCCUCACGAAGAAGGACCUCGAGCAGUGGCUCCAGGAGCUCGCCGUUCCCAUCAUCGACGAGCCCCAAACCUCUGGCCUACCUCUUCCUCGACCCUACUCUCGAGGACAAGAUGCUCAUAUUGCCGCCCUCAAACCUGUUGCUGCGAAGUACAAGUCGAAGAUGAACUUCGUCUGGAUCGAUGCUGUCAAGUACGGUGAUCACGCUAAGGCUCUGAACGUUAUGGAAGUGAAAUGGCCGGCAUUCGUCAUCCAGAACUUGGAGAAGCAAUUGAAAUAUCCCUAUGACCAAAGCAAGGAAGUUAGCGCUGAAGGUGCCGCUGAAUGGGUCCGACAAUACCUCGACGGAAAGCUCCAGCCUAAGCUUAAGAGCCAAGUUAUUCCUCCCACUCAGGACGAGCCCGUUUACGUCCUCGUUGGCGAGAGCUUUGAAGAUGUUGUCUACGAUGACAGCAAAGAUGUCUUCGUUGAGUUUUAUGCCUCCUGGUGCGGACACUGCAAACGUUUGGCUCCUAUCUGGGAGAGCAUCGGCCACAAGUAUGCCCCCAUCAAAGACCGCCUUAUCAUCGCCAAACUCGAGGCUCAGGAGAACGACCUCCCCGCAUCUGUGCCCUUCCGCAUCUCUGGUUUCCCAACCCUCAAGUUCAAGCCCGCCGGCUCUCGCGAAUUCAUUGAUUACGAAGGCGAUCGUUCAUACGAGAGCUUGGUUUCCUUCAUUGAACAACAUGCGAAAAACUCUCUCGAACUCCCCACAGUUGAACAGGCUCAAGUUCCCCUUGAAGCCAGCAAGCCCGCAGAUGCAGAUGCCCCAGUCGAGUCGGGUCAUGACGAGCUUUGA